UAUAUUGUGUAUCAAAUUAAACUGGUAAUGUUAAUUCUACUAAUUUGGUAAAGUAGUGCAUUAGAAGGUUGUUCAAUAACUUCGUACUAAUCAUAAUGGAAGAAGUAGAUUCAAUAAUAUUGCACUUUCUUCGUCAAUUAAAAGUAAACUUUAAUGAUGAUACCAAAAGCCUAAAUGAUCUAUCAGUUGAUUUGAUUGUUGAGGCAGCAUCUAGAUGUAUAAGCACAAUAAAUCCAAAUGUAAAAGUACCAAGUAAGUUGCCACCCGGUGUAUCACAAAGGAUUGAAGUGGCUGCUCAAAUUGCCGCUAUUUGUAAGGACUUGGGAUACAAAAAUGAUGUUGGUUAUCAGACAUUUUUGUAUUACAAUGAAGCUGAAUUGAGACAAGUUUUCAUGUUCCUGAUAGAAAAAUUACCAAAUGAAGAUAGACAUAUGAACACCACACUACCCACAAAAAAGAAAAAUGUACUACUGAAUGAAAUUGCAAACAAAAUUGAUGAAGAAUUGAAUACUAUGUGGAUACCUCCUAGUUGUAAACCCAAUUCCCAUACAAUAGGUGAUUUCAUAUCAACAGAAGACAAAUUUACAAAACCUAAAGAAAUAAGUGAUGUAGAAAUUAUGGAGAAAUUACAAAAACUCAAUGAAAUCACUAAAAAGAGUACAACAGUAAUGCAACAAAAUACAGAUAAUAUUGUUACUGAAAAGAAAGUUGAGAUAAAAAAAAGCCUAAAAGAACUCAAGGAAACUGCUUUUGUAUUGAGACAAAAAUUGGACACUCUUGAAAGUGAGAGAAAUAUUAUGGAUGUUGAAUAUUCACAGGCAACUAAAUUCUGUGAAAAAGCCGAAGCUGAUUUAAGAAAUGUAGAGAAUAUUUUACGAGAUAUUGGUAUAUCAGAUAUUGAAGAUGGAACAAUUGAAGACAAGUUGGAAAAAGUGAGAAAAAAUAUAAAUGCUUUGCACAGCAAGAGUGAAAAUCUAACCUCAAAAAAUUUAGGUUUGAAAGUUGAGAUUGAUAAAGUAAAAAGUGCAACUACUUUAUCUGAGUCAGAGCGGAGUAAAUGUAGAAACAUCUUGGUCAAUCUAAAAGAGACUGCUAAAGCUUUAAAAGACGAAUGUGAAAAGAAAGAAGAAUUGAGCAAACAACUUAAAAUAAAGUAUGAAAAAUUAAAAGGAGGUAACAAAAGACAUGUUUACACAGAAAGGAUUUUAGAAAUCAUAGGAAAUGUAGAAAAGCAAAACCUUGAAAUAGGAAACAUCCUUCAAGAUACUAGAAAAAUACAGAAAGAAAUCAACACUCUUGAGGGACAACUGGACAGGUGUUUUUCAAUUGCUGAUGAAACAUUAUUUAAGGAUGCUAAAAAAGAUGAUCAAGCUAAGAAAGCCUACAAAUUACUAGCUCUCUUGCAUUCUGAAUGCAAUUCUAUUGUGUCCUUAGUAAAUGAUACGGGAAAUUUAGCCAGGGACAUAGUAGACCUGGAGGAUAAUAUAAAGGCUGAGAAGUCUAAAAGAACUGAAGAUAUAUUGGAGAAAAUACAACUGGAUCUGACAAAACUGCAAAAGGAAUCAUUGUAAUUUAUAUUGUUAUUAUUAUUCAUAUUAACACUUAUUUAUGAAGUUAUUAGAAGUAAUA